AUGCCGGCUUCAAAGACUCGAAAAGUUCCUGAAAGACCGACAACACGAGCUUCUACGAAAACAGCACAUGCUAACGGUGAUUUUGCUGUUAAGCAACGUUUAAGGUCCUAUCCCAACGCAGUUACACCCUCGUCUACCGUUUCUCCUGCGACAACGCGUGCGAGUUCUGUUGAAUCCGCGCGGGAAACAACCCACCGCAAAGCCUCUUCACGAACAAAUACUCGCUCUUGCCAUAACAACAAAAACGAUGGCGUUGUGACUCGGCGGUCUACAUUACAAAAGGAAUGCAUAGAAGAAGGUGAAAUUAUUUUCGAAAGUCAUUCCUCAGAUGACGAGGCGUUUAUAACCUUGAAACAUACCUACAGAAAACAAAAGCGGCGUGCGGAUGAAAUUGUUAUUCAGUUUAAAUCACUAAAAGAGAGGAUGUUUAAUUCAAGAAUAAAUGAUCUUGAUGAAGAUAAUAACGCAAUUCAAGAAGGUUGUCAUCCAAGAUUAUCAAAACAAAUGGAUGAGAUCGAAGAGAAACAUAAAGCCCUGACACUAAGAGCAGAAAGACGCCGUGAAUAUCAUAAAAACGCAAUAGAAGCUGCAUUUGCCGCACAAGAAAAACAGAUACGAGACGAAUUUAUGAAUGACCGGCAUAAAUUGAGAACAAUGAUGAUAGAAGAGCUAGAGAAGAAGAAAAGCCAACUUAAGAGAGAAUAUUAUAGAAAACCUGAGGAUAAUCUGCUGGAUUUGGUAAUGAAAAAAAUUGAAGGAACACCAUUUGAUCCAAAUUAUAAAAUAUUUAAUAAGGGAUCAGAUACUACUCGUACAUCUUUUCCUAUUCAUAACAGAUUACCCAACGGACAACCGCGCACACCAAGAACUAAUAUUGAUAUUCAAUAUAGGACCAAUGAAGAAGAGAUGGCAGAGGAUUUGAUGGCAAUGCAGUUGUGGAAACCAGUAAGACUGCCGCCACAAUCAUCAUCGUCGAAAUUUCAUUCCACAAAUCAACCACAUCCAAAUAUAAUUUCUUCCACUUCUAGUGUUAUCAUAUCCCCGCCUCGACGGAAAAAAGAACCCCGUACAAAACGACCUCGUCGUAAUUCUAAUCGAGAAACCGUUUCAGAAACACGUAGGGAAACGCCUAUUAUUUUAGCACCAAAAGAGUUUUCAAAGACUUCUUUAAGAGAAACGCCCAAAGUUUCUAAAACAAUUCAUAGAGAUAUACCUAGCGAGUUGCUUGGUAGGGAAACAUCAAAAGAAUUGCCCAGAAUAUCACCAAAAGAAACUCUCAAAGAUAUCGGUUUGCACAGGGAGACUCCCAGAGAAGUAUUUAGGGAGGUUCGAGAGGUAGUUAGAGAACCGCCUAGGGAAAUAGUCAGAGAACCACCGCGAGAAUUACCAAGAGAAAUUCCAAAAGACUUAUCUAUGGGUACAUCGCAAAAUCCAAAUUCUAUUAUUGUUAGCCGGUGGCUUGCUGAAGAUGGCACGGAAGAAGAUAAUGAUUCAGACCAAUAA